AUGAACGGAGCGGGGCAAGUGGGCGGAGUGAGCGUAUUUUUCUUGAGGCGACGUUGCGCGGGCGGCGUGGUCGCGUGGGGCGGCCGCCGGCGUCACUCCAUGCCGGAUCACGACAAGUACCAGCUGCGACCGCGCGCUGCGCGCAGCCGCGAGCCGCGUGCGCGCCGCACUCCGCAGCCCCUCAGCAAGUACAGGAGGAAAACUGCUAACGCUCGGGAGAGGAGCCGCAUGCGCGAGAUCAACCGUGCGUUCGAGACCCUGCGCCGCGCUGUCCCGGCAUCAGCCAUCACCGGGACACCGGUGCCCUGCGAGAAAUUGACGAAGAUCACGACGCUGCGGCUGGCCAUGCGUUACAUCUCGGCGUUGUCGGCGGUGCUGCGGGAGUCCAGCCCCGAGACGGACGGGUCACGUCCCGAGCGCUGGCCCUCGCCGCUGUGCUCCGACCUCUCCGAGUUUUCCACGGAGCUGGAGCAGGAGACGCCCUCCGAGUUCGCCGAGGACUCGCUGUCUCCGUUCGACUCGUUCUUUGCAGAGUUCGACUGCGACUACAUCGACCGGACAUUCGCGUGAUAGUGUUGUGUGGUGUCACUGCUGGACUAUUUCCAAUUAGGUACCUACUAUUUAAUUCUCUUUGCCAUACUAUUAAUUAUUAACUAUAUUUUAUAU